CUGAAGCUCUAAAUUAUUUUUCCUCGGAAUCGCCAUGCAGCAGAGACAUUGAAAGAGGUUUUGUAACGACAGUGCUUGAUAUUCUAGGUUUCCAAUCCCACAGAUUUAGGGUUACACAGUUCCUCUCCGUAAUUGUUAUGGAGUCCGAACCGGAGGAAAGCCAUAGCUCCGAAUCCGAGGGAAGCCUUAUCUCCGAACAGGAGGAGGGAAGUUACAGCUCUGAAUCGGAGGGAAGUCACAGCUCUGAAUCAGAGGGAAACGAUGGUUACUACUCUAGCCAUGACUCCGGUGCUAAUCAGUCGGUACGAGGUGACGAUGAUGAGGAUGAUGGUGAUGAAGAAAUUUCAAGUCGAAAAGAUGGUAUCAGUGAACUCUCUGACUCCAUUCUCAUUCGCAUUCUCUCCUUCUUACCCAUGAAAUAUGUUGUGGCCACCUCAAUUUUAUCGAAACGAUGGCAGUUUCUGUGGACUAUGGUGCCAAAUCUUGUUUUCCGUUUCCGUAGAAGGGAUGAGCACUUUGUAAAUUCCAUCGAUAAAACCCUAGUUCUUCACCAAAAUUCUCAGAUUAAGAAAUUUCUCAUCGAUUUCACCUAUCAGUCGCAAUUUCAGUCAUCGGUUAAUGUGUGGAUCCGUCAUGCCACUAGAAAGAACGUUGAAGAGCUCCAUCUCCAAUUCCGCGUUGGCCAGCAUAUUCGUUCUUCUCCUAUGGAUUAUGCCCACGCAUUACCUCAGUUUUUGUACGCCAAUUCAUCAAUAGUGAAAUUGAGUUUGUGGUUUUGCAAUAUCAAGCCCACUUGGGUGAUUAGUUGGCCUUCAUUGAAAACUUUGUCUAUUGGUUCUGUCGAAUUAUGUGAUGAUUUAAUUGAAGAAAUUUUAUCUGGUUGUCCUGCCUUGGAAUCCUUGGAAUUGCAUCACUGCUUCGGCAUUAAUAGUUUGGAUAUAACUUCUGCAAGUUUGAAAAAGUUGGUGAUAAAUAGAUAUUGGGAUUCUUCACAUUCCCACCAUAGAAGUGUGCUGAAAAUCUCUGCUCCUAAUGUCCAGUCGUUAGGCAUUUUAGGGAAUAUGUAUACAAAGGAAUGUCGGGUAAAAAAUGUUCCAUCGCUGUUUGAUGCCAGCCUCAAUUUUGAGCUAGCAAUGCAGGAGGGAAACCCUAAAGACCAUUACAAACUGUACCACAAGGUGGUGAUGAAGCUCCUUAAGAGCGUCAAUCAUGUUAAAGCCCUUACUGUUGGGACUUGGUGUAUUCAGGUUCUAUCCAUAUUCGAGGGAAAAGAUUUGUCUUCUCUAUUGUCUAAUCUUAAAUGUCUAAUAUUGGAUACACACCUCAACAAGUGGGACCUCCCUGGAAUAGCAAAUUUGCUACAAAGUUCAACUCAUCUGGAGACAUUCGUUAUAAACAUGAUCUCCCCUUGCAGCCAACAGAUUUCUGUAGAGGUAGGCUUCAGCUUCACCGACGUUCACAAUUUUGAUGAAGAGAAAUACUGGAGCUCAAGGGAGGGGGUUUUAGCUAAUUCAUUGAUAAAUCUCAAGACUGUCAAGAUUAUUGGCGUUAUCUGGAACCAGCCUGGAAUUGAACUUGUGUUUGGACUGGUAAAAUUUCUACUUAAGAAUGCAAGGAUGCUGGAAAAGGUGGAGAUCUGUGCCAAAAGGGAUUCUCAGUCUAGAUCGCGGUGGAGCUCACUAAAUUCAGCUCAAAGCUUGUUAAGCUUCCCAAGAGCCUCCCCAAAUGCAGUGGUUCUUUUCUCUUAGCUAGGUCAAGAAUUGGUUACUAACUUUGUUUUCUUAGUGCUUGCUGGUGUUCUAGAAGGUAACUUUAUCAUGUAGUUUAUGUUUAGAGGGAGAAAAUACUAAAAGAUUUUCAUCUCUAUUUUUAAAAGAAAAUAUGAAAAAAGGUUUGAAGAGAGUGGAUUUCUAGUAAA